CUCUAACAAUAAAUCGACGCAGUCAAUGCUGACGGUUAUCAACUUUCUUGAAAAUAUGUAACUUGCUCUCCAACCAUUAGAAAGGCCAUUCUCGUCCGCCUGCAACUCGUCUUUUUACUGUACUAAUAUGCUAUUAUUGUUCUAACCUUCCACCUUUCACCCAUUCAGUACUUGUUGAUUGAUGUCUCUCUUUUCACAUGAUGUUCGUCUCUCUAGGAUACCUUACGGUCUCCCUGGCCUUCCUAUCAGUCGGCCAUGGCUUGCAAACAUCUUCGAUAUCCCCCGAUACCCCGCUUUCAUCUCUAAUCUCGUCCGCAAAAACACAUCUUGCUGAGGGAUCGUCCAGGGAGGCUUUACAGUACUUCGAUGCAGCUAUCUCGAGGGACCCGACGAACUACCUAGUCCUGUUCCAGAGAGGCGCAGCCUACCUUUCGCUGGGCAAGAACUCUCAGGCAUUGGCCGACUUUGAUCGGGUCUUGCAAUUGAGGCCAGGCUUCGAGAGCGCCCUCCUGCAGCGGUCCCGCCUCAGGGCUAAGUCUGCCGACUGGACAGGUGCCUUUGAGGAUUUGAGCAUGGCUAAUAAGGGUUUGUCUUCCGAAUUCAGGGAGCUUGAGGAGGCGCGCGAGUCUGCGCUGUUGGCGCAAGAAGCAGAAAAGCUUGGUUCCUGGGAUACGUGCGUUGGUCAAGCGAAUAUAGCCCUUGGCAAAGCAAGCAUGUCCCUUAGUCUUCGACAAACUCGAGCUCAUUGCCGGUUUGAGCGAGGCGAAAUAGAGGAGGGUCUUAGUGACCUCGCACUCAUCUCCCAGAUAUCCCCAGGCUCGUUGGAACCUCACUUGCAAAUCUCAUCCAUGUUGUUCUACUCCCUUGGAGACUAUGACCGCGGGAUCUCUCAGGUCCGCAAGUGUUUACACUCAGACCCCGACUCAAAAACAUGCAAUAGUCUAUACCGCCGGGAAAAAAAGCUUCUAAAACAAUUACAGAAGCUAGACACCGUGACGAAUUCUAGAAAGUUCAACAAUGUUGUCAACUUGCUGGUGGGUGUCGGUGAUGAUGGUGGUUUACUGGAUGAUGUGCAGAGCGAUGUGGAACAGGCGAAAAAUUCAGGAUACAUUCACCCUGCUGCUCCCAAUCGUCUUUAUGCCUCAUUGGUCGAACGAACCUGUGAGGCUUACCAGGAGACGCAGAUGCGCAAACGAGCAGCCUCCUACUGCUCUCAAGCUUUGGAAUUGAAUCCAUCGUCCUUGGCGGGCCUUCUGUACCACGGUCAAAUAGCUAUCGAUGAAGACCGUUUCGAGGAUGCAAUCAGUAUACUGAACAAAGCAAAGGAGCAUCAUUCCAGUUCCAAGAAGGUCCAGGACCUUUUACAGAGAGCCCACAUUCUUCAGAAACGCUCUAAGCAAAAGGACUACUACAAGAUUCUUGGCGUUGCGCGUGAUGCCGAUGAGCGUACUAUCAAACGUGCAUAUCGUCAAUUGACAAAGCAACAUCACCCCGACAAAGUCAUUUCUCGGGGGGUUUCCAAGGAAGAGGCUGAAAAAAGGAUGGCUGCUAUAAACGAGGCCUACGAGGUUCUAUCAGAUCACGAGCUAAGAGGGCGUUAUGAUAGCGGCGAUGACCCCAACGAUCCCGAGUCACAAAGGGGCGGACCAUUCCAGUCUGGGCCAUUUGGUGGCGGUCAACAGUUCUUCUUCCAACAAGGCGGUCCCCAAUUUAAAUUUUCUGGGCAGGGUUUUAAUUUUCCGGGUGGUGGCUUUCCUUUCCGUUGACAAUUAUCAGGUGUGUUUGGUAUACCUGAAACUAGGCGCCACGCUGCUCCAAACACUGUCUUAGUAAUGUAUGUGGCUACUUUCCUUCUAUUGAAGGCAUUACCCGGCUUGUACCCCGAAAUAAAAUGACUUGCUGUAUUUUUCUG